AGGUACCUUGGAGUAGGCUUGGUCAGGACCCAGUUGUAGUUCAUCUGGAUCGUAUUUUUUUGUUAGUUGGACCUGCAACGCAAGUUGAAGGAUCCACUGAAGAUGCCAUUCAAGAAGCUAAGAAAAGCCGAGUGCGGGAAAUGGAAAUGAAGCUGGUAGAGAAGGCUCAACAAUUAAAGUCUGAAGUGUCUGUUGAACUUGACCGACUUGCACUUUAUCUGGAUUCUGAUAUAAUCCCAUGGCAUAUUGACAAGCCAUGGGAGGAUUUGCUUCCUUCUGAGUGGGUCCAGGUUUUUAGAUAUGGCACUAAAGAAGGCAAACCUGCUGAUAGAAUUGUCAAACAACACACUUAUAUUCUGGAACCAAUUACAGGAAAUGCAAAGUAUACAAAGCUAAGGGCAAAUGAAUUGGCUAUGAGUGAUCAACCUUUGGAGAAUGCAACAGUGAAUUUGGAUGAUGUCAUUCUCUGUUUAUCAAAGGAUGGAUACAAGGAUAUGUUAAAACUAGCUGAUAACUUUUCUGCCUUUAAUCAACGCUUAAAAUAUGCGCAUUUUCGUCCACAUGUUUCCAUGAAAUCUGAUCCUCGUUCUUGGUGGAAGUAUGCUUAUAGAGCUAUAUCUAAAAAAGUGAAGAAGGGAAGAAAUUUAUCUUCAUUGCAGUGA